AUGUCAAACGAAAGAACAUUUAUUGCUAUUAAACCAGAUGGUGUCCAAAGAGGCUUAAUUUCAGCCAUUGUUGGUAGAUUUGAAAACAGAGGCUACAAAUUAGUUGGUAUUAAAUUGGUUCAACCAACUGAAUCGCUUUUGAGAACCCACUAUGAAGAUUUACAGUCCAAGCCAUUUUUCCCUUCAUUGUUGAGCUACAUGUUGAGCGGUCCAGUUUUGGCUACUGUUUGGGAAGGUAAAGAUGUCGUUAAACAAGGUAGAGCUAUUUUGGGUGCUACUAAUCCUUUGCAGAGUGCUCCAGGUACUAUCAGAGGAGAUUUUGCAAUUGAUAUGGGCAGAAACGUUUGUCACGGAUCAGACUCUGUUGAAUCUGCUGAAAAGGAAAUUAACUUGUGGUUCAAGCCUGAAGAAUUGGUUGAAUACAAACCAGCCUUAUUCGGAUGGAUUUAUGAGUAA